UCUCUUUUUUCCCUCCUUUUUUAAUGAUUAUUCUUCCCCAGCCUUUCCUCUCUUGAGCUGAGCGCCAAAGCCUCCAAGCCUCGCUUCAGGCCCCUCACAGACCUCUUCACAGACCUGUUCUGCCUUCUCCUCCUUGUUUCUCCUUCUCCUUCUCCUUGCCCCAGAACAAAGCACCCCACUCCCUCCCACCCCAAACCCCAACUUGGGGACACCUGAGGGGGUUUUGGCGGGACUUGGCGCCUUCCUUCCUUCUCUCACUCCAUCUCUUUCUCUCUCUUUCUCUCUCAUUCCCUCACUCCCCCCCUCUCUCUUCCCCCUUUCCUUUUCCCUCUGAAGGAGAAGAGUUGAGGGCAAAGAGCUCCUCUCUCAAAGAGCUGGAGGCAAGAAAAGGUUCCUCCUCAGUCUCCUCGGUCGCUGGGUCCGAAAACUCUGAGAAGGAGCGAAGGCAGGCAGGCAGGGAGGCAGAAGGGAGGAUGCGCCGCCGCCUGGAAGCCUUCUUCUGAGGCACCUGUCGGCCAAAGGAGCGCCGGGGAAGGACUUUCGGGCCCCGGCAAGGCCCCGGAGGCCCCUGCUUUCCUUUCUGGACGCCGGAGGGACGCCGACAUGAGCAAGCCGGCCGGAUCAACAAGCCGGAUUUUGGACAUCCCAUGUAAAGUGUGUGGGGAUCGUAGCUCUGGCAAGCACUAUGGGGUUUACGCCUGUGAUGGAUGCUCAGGGUUUUUCAAACGAAGCAUCAGAAGAAACAGGACUUAUGUCUGCAAAUCUGGAAACCAGGGAGGCUGUCCAGUGGACAAGACGCAUAGGAACCAAUGCAGGGCAUGUCGGCUGAAGAAGUGCUUGGAGGUCAACAUGAAUAAAGAUGCUGUUCAACAUGAAAGGGGACCAAGGACAUCCACAAUAAGGAAACAAGUGGCUCUGUAUUUCAGAGGGCACAAGGAAGAUAAUGGAGCCACACCACAUUUCCCAUCUGCUGCUCUCCCUGCCCCAGCUUUCUUCACCACUGUUACACAACUGGAACCUCAUAAUCUAGAACUGGCUGCAGUUUCAACUACAUCAGAAAGGCAGAGCUUGGUGGGACUGGCUCAACCGACUCCAAAGUAUCCACAUGAAGUCAGUGGUACUCCCAUGUAUCUCUAUGAAGUGGCUACGGAAUCCGUUUGUGAAUCUGCAGCAAGGCUUCUCUUCAUGAGCAUCAAAUGGGCUAAGAGUGUCCCAGCUUUUUCUACUCUGUCAUUACAAGAUCAGCUGAUGCUUUUGGAAGAUGCUUGGAGGGAACUGUUUGUUCUAGGAAUAGCACAAUGGGCCAUUCCAGUUGAUGCUAACACUCUACUGGCUGUAUCUGGCAUGAACGGUGACAACACAGAUUCUCAAAAGCUAAACAAGAUUAUCUCAGAAAUACAGGCGUUACAAGAGGUUGUGGCUAGAUUUAGACAGCUUCGGUUAGAUGCUACAGAAUUCGCCUGCCUUAAAUGCAUCGUCACUUUUAAAGCUGUACCUACGCACAGUGGUUCGGAACUCAGAAGUUUUAGAAAUGCUGCUGCCAUUGCAGCUCUUCAAGAUGAAGCUCAGCUUACCCUGAACAGCUACAUUCAUACUAGGUACCCCACACAGCCCUGUCGUUUUGGGAAACUCUUGUUGCUUUUGCCAGCUUUGCGCUCCAUUAGCCCCUCAACAAUAGAAGAAGUCUUUUUCAAAAAAACCAUUGGGAAUGUGCCAAUUACAAGACUGCUUUCAGAUAUGUACAAAUCCAGUGACAUAUAG